AUGAAAAUAUCAGAUUUUAAUUCUGAUAUUAAUAUGGAAGGAUAUGAAAGUUUACAAGAAAAUAGUAGCAAUUCAGCAAAUUUUUCCGAUAGUGAUGAGUCUUUAAGUGAUCUUGACUCUGAAUAUAAUUACUUUUAUAAUUCUCAGGAUGAUUCAAGUAUAGCAAAUAGUAUUUCUGAGGAAUUAGCUAUUGUAUUAAGAUUAUUUAAAGUAAAUAUUCAAUACAAUUUAACAGAUGAAGCAUUUCAACAAACUAUGAUUACAGCUAAUGUAGAACCAAUUA